CUAGGAGAUUGUACCUAGAAGAAGUGGCGAUUUUCAAAAGAAGAGAAGUGAGAUAACACAGCGUGGAGUACGAAACUGGGUGGAAGAAUUAGAAGGUGUUGACGGAGAAGUGCAAUACCAGUGGAAGCGACCAUGAGUGACGGAAGCAGUGGGCAGCAAGGAUCGCGAGAAGGGAUGUCGGGGAGGACGGACGGGAGAAAGUGUUAUAAAUGUGGAGAAGGGGGUCAUUUCAUUCGGGAGUGUGCAGAAUACUGGCAGGCCAAGGCACGUGGGGUGCCUUUCGUGUCCACACCGUAUGUGCCACCAGCGGGAAGAAUGGGAAGAUCCAGCGUGACAAUGGAGGAUACUGCAAGAAGAAGUAGAUCAGCUGAAGGUGGAGGAGCGAGGGGGGAUACCGAUGACACGAAUGCCCUGAUGAGAGAAUAUUUGGUGCAGAUGGCGCUGGAAAGGAAAGCUAAGAGGGAGAAGGAAGAGAAGGAGGAACGAAAAAGGAAAGAAGAUGAGGUGCGAUUUGAGAAGGAAAGAAGGAAACUCAAAAAGUUGGAAGAGCGGAGGCGUGCGGAAGAGGAACGGGAUGCGAGGCUGUUGCACAUCAUCAUGGGGGCGAUGCGAAAGGAGAACGAAGAAUAUAGCAGAAGAGAUGACAGGAAGGGAAAAGGGAAAAGUAAACUCAAUAAAAAAGGAGAAACGGUGGAGAAGGAGAAAGAAAGAUUGAAGAGGAGGAUAGCAAUCAUGACACAAUCGGAGGAAGAAGAAACAGAUGAUGAAGAACUGAAGUUACUGAGGAAGAAGGCGGAAAAGUUGGAGUUGAACGAAAAACGAAAGAGGGGUCUCGAGGUGGCGGUGGGUAAUAGCCCUCCAAUGGUCACACCGGAAAAGAGAGUUAGUACGAGAUUAUCAGAGGACUCAAAGAGGAGAAUCAGCGAAUUGAAAAGUGAAGCGAAAGGAGAAGCUGAAUCUUCAGGGACUCCACGGAAGAUCAAUCUGUCGAUGAAGCACAUCAUGGCGUCGUGUGGGGUCGGAGGGAAAGAAAAAUUUGAGCAAGAAUGUAGGGACUUCUAUGACGCACUAACGAUUGAUGAAUUGAAGGAGGUGUGUAGGAGGGAGAAGGUGACAUAUGAAAAUCGGGAGAUAACCAUUAAACGUUUGGUUAUUCGGAGGUCAGCCAUGGCCUACGAUCCAGCACACCUACCGUUACCGGAGAUUCCCGGAGUACAUCCCAAGGGCAUAGCUGCGAAAGAGACAGUCAAGAAGGAGGAGGAGGUGGUGAGUCCAUCUGAUGACACUGAUUCCGAGGACGAAGAGUCAGAGUGAAGACGAUAUGAUUAUAAGAAGGUAGCACAAGAAGU